CUUAAAGAGGAAUUUCAAUUGAGAAAAUUUGGUUUCGGUCAUGACUAUCCUUCAUUGUUUGUUAUACCUCAGUGUUUUUCUGCUAACCUGUAUAUACCCUGGGCAGUAUUUUGGGCUUUGUUCUACACGACACAUUUGGCUUUGGAAGUUUACUACUAUCCGGAUUUGGGUGCGAAGUACUUCAUAUAUGUGACAAAUAUUUCAUAUUUAAUGCAGUCUGCCUUUGUCUUUACUGAUCUCUUCGUUACUAUCUACGUCAAUGUAAAGAGAAAGGAUAUCAGGAAUGGAGACUCAACAGGGCUUACCUGGUAUGUCAAGUUACAGUGGCUUUUGUUUAACGUCACCAACUCAUUUUCUUUGCUUGCCAGUAUCGUAUACUACACACUGCUGAAAGUCGAAUUCACUUACAGCAGCAUAUAUACACAUCUCAGCUCCGUGUACACUAUUCUUGGCUUAUUGUUCUCCGCAAAGCCUGUACAACUGCUCCACUUUUAUCAACCAAUGAUUCCAGCUGUUGUAUACGUCGUGUUUUCAAUCAUCUACCAUAAUUCUGGCGGGGAACGUAUAUACCCAAUCUUAGACUGGUGAGAAGAGCCCAGACAAGCGGCAUGGACUUCAUUUUUGAUGACAGGAGUUGCCAUGCCGUUGGUACAUUUGUUGUGCUACUUUCACUACAGUAGUCGAGUGCUUGCACAUGAGAAAAGUAAUUGCUCCAGGAAGAAGAAAUAGAAACAUGUAAUCUUGGAGGACAAAACGUAAAUAGAUGCUCAUUCAAUUAAAUAUCAUAACAGUUACUCAAUUAAUAUAAUAUUUCUUUUAACAACAAAGAUCGCCAGUAACUGUAUCUGUUAACUGGUGUUGUAAUAUCUAAGGGAUUUUGUAUAUGGACAUUGCAAUAACAGAAUACCUCUAUUAUUUUCAGGUUUUUAAAAAAAGAUAAAUCUGAAAAUAGGUCAAAUAGAUAAUAUGUGUGAAAUCAAAUAUUUCAAGUUUCUUGAACUCAUCUAGUGACAUAUUAGGCAAUACAGCACAAAAUGUAAAAUAGCCCUUAAAAUGUCCGAAAUAAAUUUUGUGUUUCGA